AUGGUGGUUGUGGGGAACCACAGUGUGGGUGGAAGACGUGGCAUGUGUGGAGGACCCGGUGUGUGUGGAGGACGCAAGGACGCCGACGUGGCGGCCGAGGAGAAGGAGCCUCCCCCGGACUGUCCCCUGGACAGCGAGCAGCUGGGCCGCAGCACCUGGGCCUUCCUGCACACCAUGGCCGCCUACUACCCCGAGGAGCCCAGCGGCGCGCAGCAGCGCGACAUGCGCCGCUUCCUGCACCUCUUCUCGCAGUUCUACCCCUGCGAGCAGUGCGCCCAGGACCUCCGCGAGAGAUUACGUACCAAUGAGCCUGAUACUAGCAACAGACAUAACUUCUCCCAGUGGUUGUGUCUUCUUCAUAAUGAAGUGAACAAGAAACUGGGGAAAACUGAGUUUGACUGCUCUCGCGUGGAUGAGCGCUGGCGAGAUGGUUGGAAAGAUGGUAGUUGUGAUUAAUCUGCAGAGACUGCUCUGGAAAUCUGAGAGACCCACUUA